GCUCCUCCGUAAAAUUAGUUCUUCAUGGAUGAUCUUGCAGUUGCGGACGAUGACUUAAUCGACCCAGUUGAUUGGGGUCACAUCUCUAAUGAGAGCUCGCUCUUCCCAGUUGUUGCCGAUGGGCCUUUUUCUGAUCCCUCCCCUGAUUACAUGCUCGAGAUUCAGAACCUGUUGAUGGAUGACAACGACAACCCCGUUUCGGAAUCCCCCUCCGAUUUUAGUGCUAAAGAGUUUUGCGAUAAGUUUUUGGCCGACAUACCUGUCGGUCAGGUCCAGCAAGAUCCUAAACCCUCCGGUGAACCCGCCGUUGAUUCUCCUUUGGACCCGGACAAAAACAGCGUGCCUGCCGCAGAAGACCCUGUUUUCAAAAAGCGUACAAGGAAGAUGAGAAAUAGGGAAGCUGCAGUAAGAUCCAGGGAAAGGAAAAAGUUGUAUGUGAAAAAUCUCGAGAUGAAAUCCAGGUAUCUUGAGGGGGAAUGCAGAAAGCUGGGGUAUUUACUGCAGUGCUGUUGUGCGGAGAACCACGCCUUACGUCUUUAUUUACAAUCCAACACUGCAUUUGGUGCUUCUGUGUCCAAGCUGGAGUCUGCUGUGCUCGUUUUGGAAUCCCUGCUGCUGGGUUCCCUGCUAUGGUUCAUGGGCAUCAUCUGCCAACACAAUCUCCUCCUGGUCCCCUAUUUGAUUCCGGAGUUGGAAGUAAUGCCACCGGCAAAUAUGGAACAUCAAGGCCUAAGAAGGGUGGCUAUUCAAGGGGCAAGAAAUAAGAUCUGGGCUUAUUUUGUGGUGCUGCAGUCGUUUGCAAACAGCAGAAGGUCCCGAGCCUCGAGAACGAAGAUGAAAACGAACUUUCUUGUGUUCUAAGCUUUCUUUGUGAAUUUCUUUCUAUUAAUGAAUUGAACUUUGUUAAAUAUGCCUCGGCACUUUAAAAUGAUAGUUCAUAUAAUGUAACGCAUUAGAGCCACCCAUUUUACCCAACCUAUUAUGGAUGAAAAUAAACAUACGUUUCUGACGCAAGUAACAUGGAAGAACCUUUGGCUAUGCAAACAGGGCUCUUGCUUUGCACUUUUUCUCUA